CCCAGGACCCUGCAUUCACUCUAUCUGGUCUCCCACUGUACACAGAACACAGAAUGUUACUAAACCCAGGACCCUGCAUUCACUAUAUCUGGUCUCCCACAGUACACAGAACAUGGAAGUGCAAUUAUUUUAGUAUAUAUAAAACUGCUAAAUACCUUUUCUCAUCAGCAGUUAGAGCGGUCUUGUGACUUCUAUCAGUGUCCAGCAGAGCACUUGUCAAAACUUGUAGGAGGAGUUUUAAUUUUGCUCUAG